AUGCCCGAAGUAAUAGAUCUUUUAUCCUCCGAUCCUCCUAUCCCGCCAAAACCCCAGCCGCGACAGCAAGCCGAACUCCCGUCGCGACGUGCAUCCCACCAGCUUAAUCCGAUUUCGUCAGACCCGUUCGAUACAUCCCUGUUCGACUAUGAAGACAUCUUCGACAAGCCCGCCAAGAAACGGCGAGUGAGCGAUCAAGACACUUCUUCUGUGCGAAAAAGCACCACGCCAAACGAGCCUCGAGAUCCGGCUUCUACGGCAGAGCCGUGGUUCUCGAUCUCCGAUGAUGAUUUUGACCUGCCGCCAGUAAACACCGCGGCUAAAAAAACCACAUCCCAGUCGCGUGUUAAAGAGUCGGAUCCAAUUGUCUUUACCUCUUCAGCUCCAGCUCCCUUGAAGCCUUCGUCGCGGAAACCGAAUCUUUCAACCCGGGAUAUUAUUGCGCUUGAUGACGAUGACUUACUGACGGAUCCCAUGAAACCUCCGCCCUCGAGUUUCCGAGGGCGUAGCGAUAUUGAUGAAUUCAGUGAUCCAUUUUCUCUCCCGGAGUUUUCUGACCUACUGAAAAAACCUACUGUCUCGAAUACCAUCUUCUCCGAGUCGACUGCUCGCCUGUUAUCUCGCCUUGGCGAAGAUACUUCAGGCCCCAGAACAAAGUCCGGUACUCGAAAACAGAAAGGCACUAGCUUGGAAUCUAAGGCUGCAGAGGUCCUCUCCGACGAUGAGAUUCAUGAACCAGUAGUACCCCGGAAGGCAGCGAAGAAGACAAGCAAGGUUACUCCCGCUGAAAAGGAAGCAAAGGCCAAAGCACGCGAAGAGGCAAAGCUACAGCGACAACGAGAACGCGAGCUGGAGAAAGAGCGCAAGCUCAAGCUCAAAGAGGAAAAAGCGAAUGAGAAACAACGGGCUGCCGAUAUCGCGAGCGUCAACAAGCUGAAAGUGAACAAAAAGGAUUCUACACCAGAGAUGAUCGUCGACAUGGCUACAUCUCUCGAGGACAGCAGCGUCGGCACUCAAACCGUCGAGUUCAUGAAACGACUCGGCGUCCAACAUACAUUCUUCACAAGCGCAAUUCCCCACGUAGUAAAAUGGCGUCGCAAAAUGAACGCCACAUACAACAGAACCCUACGCCACUGGGAGCCCUGUCCAUUAUUUAUUCAAAAGGAAGACCACGUGCUGUACGACGAAGAAAGAGAAACCCUAGAAAUCCACGUCCUCCGAAUUAAAAGCGCCUACCCAGAGUGCAAACCCAUCUACCUAAUCGAAGGCCUGACCGCUCUGAUGCGCAAAAACACAAACGCACGCAACAGAGCCUUCCAAGCCGAAGUCCUGCGCCAACUCGCUGAAACAACGGUACCAGAGGAACAGACCACAUCCAACAGAGCCCGAAAACCAAAGAAAAAGCCGGAUGCGACGCCUCUCGUCGACGAUGAGACUGUCGAAGAUGCUCUGCUCGAACUACAAGUCACGCACUCCUGUCUCAUCCACCACACGACCGCGCCAGCCGACUCCGCGGAGUGGAUCAAGAAUUUCACCGAGCACAUCUCGACAGUCCCGUACCGUCGUGAACGACAGGAAGCCCACAAUGCUGCCUUCUGUAUGGAUACCGGGCAGGUGAAGACCGGCGCCGACAAGAAGGAUACUUUCAUCAAGAUGAUCCAGGAGGUUAGCCGCGUGACGGCUCCUAUGGCUUAUGGGAUUGUGGGCCAGUAUCCCUGUGUUGCGGAUUUGACUCGUGGAAUGCGGAUGCAUGGCCCUCUGAUGCUGGAGGAUAUCAAGAAAUCCGCGAAUAAGAACGGCUCCCUGACGAAUGCGCGCAUUGGACCCGCUGCCAGUAAGCGGCUGUACAAAGUGUUCACUGGACUCGAUCCGAGUUCAACGGACAUUUAG